CGCCCUGCUCCUGCGCCGCGCCGCGCUCCGCUCCCCGAAAGAGGGAGCCAAGCACAGUAGAUUCCCUUUCCCUUCUCUCCUGCCCCUGCCCCCCUCAACCCCCCUUCCUCUCUCGCCUCACCAUCCUCGCCUUCCCACCUGUCCGUCUUCAUCCUCCUCCCUCGCGCCGCGCCUCUCCUCCCCGCCUCCGCGGAGAGGGAGCCCGUCCUGCGCGCGAGCGCCCCCGCCCGGAGAGGAGUCCUCCGCCCGUCCCGCCGCCUCAGGUCUCGCCGCCGCCGCCGCCGCCGCCGCCGCCGCCGCCACCACCUCCGCUGCCUAGUUUCCGCGGCGUCAGUUCUGAGAAAUUUUCUGGGGUUUCAGUGACGAGGAUCGGCCGCCGGCGCAGGACCGGCCUUUGCCGCCGCCUUCCGUUUUAUGGAGGGGUUCCUACUCAGCCUUAACCCGUUCCGGUUCAAGCCGCUCUGGCCGGCGAGGACCGCCCCCAAAUCCCUCUGAACUCUGAAGCCCUAGGAAAUCGUCCUCCCGUCCGGGGGUUCCCAGAAAUCCCACGGCCGCCGUCCUCCACCACCCUUGUUUCCUGGUUAAUCUGAAGUUUCCUGUAAAAUUUCUGGUGUCCUCCGAGGUUUCCGAGGGGCACCAGGUUCCCUUUACUUCUCCGAGAACUGAGAGCCCUAACGCGGCGCCUUCUUCCCUGCCACCUCUCGACAAGGACAUGAGCUUGCUGUUGGCGGCGGCGCCUCCACACGCAUAGUGCCGUGCCCCGGGCUCGGCGUGGGCGUCCUUCCUUGGCGGUGCUGGCGUUGCGGACGAGGAUGGCGAGGGAGGACGGCCCGGAGUUCGUGCGGUGGAGGGAGGAGUUCGUGUCGCAGGAGCGUGGCAGCCGCGUCGUGCACUACUACCUCGACGACGCGGCCGGCGGGUCCCACCUCGCCGUCGUCGGCACCGAGAGGAGCCUGCGUCACAUGCUCUACGUGGUCUCCGAGGACUUCCGCGCCGCGUGGGGGUGCGGCAGCGGCGCUGAUGACGGCGCUGGGCCGGCGGUGUUUGCGCGCAAGUGGAGGUCGCGCCGCGAGGUGGUGGAUUGGCUCGCGUCCUUCCUCCCGGUGAAGACACUUGACUCGAAUUUCUCAAAAUGCAGAUCUUAUGCAGAUACUGACAUCGGGUUAGAUGGAUACAGUGAAACUGAUAGCUUUUUGCACCAAAUUCUAGGGAAAGACUGUAGCUCAGACAUUACAUGGUCUGGUUCAUUCUGGACAUGUGGCAAGCAGCUUCGGCACUAUCAAGCUUUUUGUCGCAAUGGCACCACAAUAUCGAUCCACACUUUUGUGCUGGUCUUGUCAGAGGAAGAAAGUCGCUAUCUUGCAUACCUGGAAGACAUGUAUGAAGAUAAGAAGGGACAGAAGAAGGUCAAAGUGCGGUGGUUUCAUCAAAACCAGGAAUUUUCCUGUGCUAUACCUCCUCCUCCCCCUCAUCCUUGUGAAGUUUUCAUCACUCCUUUUACACAAGUAAUCAGUGUGGAAUGUGUUGAUGAUAUUGCAACGGUUUUAACUCCUGAUCAUUAUGAAAAAUGCUCCAAUGCAUUGCCAGCUUCUUCUUUGGUUGGGAUCCGUUUCUGCUUUCGCCAGUACAGUAAAAAUAAAUUCAAGCAUUUUGACUUGAGUACACUGCGUGGAUAUUUUAGUCAAGCUGUUGUUCUGUCCUUGAAAAUUCCACCCGAGUCAGAAAAAGAUGGUGAAAUCACACCUGGGAGGACCAAGUUUCCAAAGCAGUAUGAGAGGCUUUACUCAAAAUGUUUGGGCACUAAAAUCUGUCGAGGUCCACAAGCAGACUCCAUACCACCUUAUCAGAUAUUAGAUAAUAAAAAAUCUCCUGGGAAGCAUCUCUCGAUCAAGUUUAUAGGGCCCCAGAAUCAACUAAAGCCCACAUACAUUGCUGGUGACAGAGUAGAAAUCUUGUCUCAAGACAGUGGCAUUAUUGGCUGCUGGUUCAGGUGCACUGUUCUAAAGUCAUGUACUAAUCAUAACAAACUGAAGGUUCAAUAUGAUGAUCUCCAAAAUGCUGAUGACAGUGGGAGAUUGGAGGAGACAGUGCCUGCCUCUACAUUGGCUCUUCCUGAUAAACUGGGACUGAGAAGCCCAGACCGACUAAGAAUUAGGCCACGUCCUCAACAAAGUAGUUCUGUUAACCGUGCUGCUUUGGUACCUGGAACUGCUAUAGACGUAUGGCAAUUUAGUGGCUGGUGGGAAGGAAUUGUUGUCAGUUUGGAGAACGCUGCUGCAGAUAGCCUGCAAGUAUAUUUUCCAGGAGAGAACUUUUUUCAGGUGUGCCAGCUACAGAACGUAAGAAUAUCAAAAGAUUGGAUCAAGAACCAAUGGGUUGAUAUUGAAGUAAAGAUAAAUGUGUUGUCACGAAUACCUUCAGAUGGUGUUGGAACAAGGCAACCUGAUAAUUUGUCAUCUGUUGCCGUGCUAGACUCUAGCAGUUCUGCAGUGCCAGAGCAAGAGCUUUCAGGUAUCCAAGCAAACUCCAAUGGAGAUGAACCAGUUCCUGAGCAAGUACUUGCUGCUAUCAAGGCAAGCUCCCAUGAAGAUAAAUCAGUGCCCGAGCAAGGGCUUUCAGCUAUCCAAGCAAGCCCCAAUGGAGAUGAACCAGUGCCUGAGCAAGGGCUUGCAGCUAUCCAAGCAACUUCAAAUGGAGAUAAACAAACAGAAGCUAGCAAGCAAACUGAGGUUAGUUUGACUGGUAAAACCUCCUCCAUUCUUGCGGAGGAUGAGAAACAAACAAUUCUAGGGAAGCGUCCGAGAGAUGAUGAUGCUGAACAAGACUGCAAUGGGGAAGUAGGUGUAGAUGUUGGCAAGACAUGAGGUUUGGGACGUCCAAACUCAUUAGACUCGUGUACAUAGCUAUAGAUAUGGUAUUCAAACCCCCAGGGGAGGGGUUUCACUAGGUUGCUGAUAUCAGAGCGAAUUGUCGCCUCUUUGUCAUACACGAACCUCUCCUAGUUUUUCUAUUUUGCUGGUAGUUGUGGUGUUUAUGUUACGAGAGACACGGAUUGCAAGCUGAAUGGUAGGUACCCUUCCCAUUGUAUAGCAGUCUACAAAUUUUGCCUGUGAAUGUUUUCCCACCUCGUCUGUAGUUCACUUCAUCGCAAUUAGCUAACUUCAUUCUUCUUUUAGAAUAAAAUUCUUGCCCUUGUUCACUUGUA